UCUUUAGCGUCGAACACAACACGAUUAAGCCCAAAAAAAAAAAAAACUCGAUCGAUUAUAUCUCCGUUCCCAAAUCUCUCAUCGUAAAUCCCUAAUUGUUUAUAUCAGUUUCUCGCGGAAUUCCGGCGAUCGUUGAUCGUUUUUACUGUUUCCGAGGAGAUCGGAUUGGAUUUCUAUAUCACGGAUAAUUAACCAUGUUCAUGAAUCGGCUCUUCGGGAAACCCAAACAGGAGUCUAAUGCUCUCCAAACAUUAGACAAGCUAAACGAGACACUUGAGAUGUUGGAGAAAAAGGAGAAAGUGCUCCUGAAGAAGGCUGCUGGCGAGGUCGAAAAAGCAAAGGAAUUCACCCGGGCAAAGAACAAACGAGCGGCUAUACAGUGUCUGAAAAGAAAGAGGUUAUAUGAACAACAAGUUGAACAGCUGGGAAAUUUCCAACUCCGUAUUCAUGAUCAAAUGAUUAUGUUAGAAGGUGCCAAAGCAACUACUGAAACUGUGGAUGCAUUGAGAAGUGGAGCUGCUGCAAUGAAGGCUAUGCAGAAAGCAACAAACAUUGAUGAUGUGGACAAGACCAUGGAUGAGAUCAAUGAGCAGACAGAGAAUAUGAAACAGAUCCAGGAAGCAUUGUCCACUCCAAUUGGAGCUGCAGCUGAUUUCGACGAGGAUGAACUAGAAGCGGAACUAGAAGAACUAGAAGGGGCCGAGCUGGAAGAGCAACUUCUUCAGCCCGCAACAACAGCACCGGCAGCCACUGUAUCCGUGCCUGCAGGAAGGCAAACCGCUCGUCCUGCUGCCCAGAAGCAGCGGACAGAAGAGGAAGAUGAACUUGCUGCCUUACAGGCCGAGAUGGCUCUCUAAGUGUUUUUGGUGAAAGGCCUCGUUUACUAUGGCAGGUCAGUCCACUGGAAAUUCACUGCAGAGAGAUCCCAACAAAAGGGGCUGUUGCAUUGAUUAAAGGGAAAAAGACGAUGCAUUAUGUAUAUAUAAGGAUCCGAUUCGGAUUGAAUCGGAUCCACACCUUAUAUCAAAUUCUUCUGUCAUCUUUGCAUUCGAGUGUUUUAUAACAUUAUUUUUUUCUUUCUACAAUGUAUCUUUAUGAAGAUUUUUGUGGUAAUCAUCUGGUUUACUCCCACUGAAUGGGAUUGUGGUGUUU